GGUUUCCCGGCUCCGCUCUUCCCGGCGUGCCUCGCUCGCUCCAAGAUGGCGGAGCAGGGUUCCCGGGACCUCCGUGCGGACGGCGCGUCGGCGCAGCCCCUGCUCUGCGGGCGCGCUCCCGUCGGCAGCUAGGACUCGGAAACGGCUCGCGGCAUUGCGCCGCGUCCCCUGCGCGACCCCUGUGACGGGACCGGUCCCCGGUGUGCGCCCCGCGCGGCUCCGCAACAAUCCGCCCGGACGGACUGCCCGAGCGCGGAAGCCAUUGCGGCAGCGCUGCCCACGGCGCCCUUGCAGCACCAGCGCAGCCCAAGGCGCAUGCCGAGGGCUUCCCCAUGAUCAACUCACCUGCCUAUGAAGAGGUAGCGCUCACUGACACAUUGAUGUUCAAGAUCUCUGGGAAACCAGCCAGUGUGAUAAGGGGAGAAUUAAGGAUAACGGAACUAGGAAUAGGUCCAUUGGGGUAUGAUGAUAAGCAGUACCUUCAUCCUGUGAUAUAAGCUUGGCCGGAGGGGCAGCAGCAGCAGCAGCGGAGGGGGGCCAUGGAGACGGUGGAAGGACGCCCUGCCCAGUAUGGGGUCAACGUGCAGCAGCUGCGGGAGCUCAUGGAGACCCGCGGCCAGGAGGCCAUUCAGAGGAUCCGCGAAGAGUACGGCGGCAUCCAGGACCUCUGCAGGAAGCUGUACACCUCCCCCACCGAUGGGCUGAGUGGCUCGGCGGCGGACCUGGAGCACCGGCGGCAGACGUUUGGGCCCAACUCGAUCCCGCCCAAGGCGCCCAAGACGUUCCUGCAGCUGGUGUGGGAGGCCCUGCAGGACAUGACCCUCAUCAUCCUUCAGGUGGCCGCCUUUGUCUCCCUCAUCCUCGCCUUCAUCGAGCCCGAAGACCACCACGAGAAUGACCAUCGAGGCAAGCCAAAGGAACCUGGCCAAUCGGAAGCUGGGUGGAUAGAAGGUGUAGCUAUUCUAGUGUCUGUAGUAAUCGUGGUUCUAGUGACUGCAUUCAAUGACUACACGAAAGAGCGCCAGUUCCGUGGACUCCAAAACAGGAUAGAACAGGAGCACAAGUUUGCUGUGAUCAGGGGCGGUGAAGUGAACCAGAUCGCCGUGUCGGAAAUUGUCGUCGGUGACAUCUGCCAGGUCAAAUAUGGCGACCUCCUUCCUGCAGAUGGAAUCAUCAUCCAGAGCAAUGACUUAAAAAUCGACGAAAGCACACUAACGGGAGAAUCGGAUCACGUCAAAAAGGGAGAAAAUAUAGAUCCCAUGUUGUUCUCAGGCACACACGUCAUGGAAGGGAGUGGGAAAGUGCUGGUUUCAGCAGUGGGUGUCAACUCCCAGGCAGGCAUCAUCCUCACCCUGCUAGGGGCCGCCCACACUGAGAACAAGGAGCAGAAAAAAAAGAAGAAGAAGAAAGACGCUAAAAAGGGUCGUAGAAAGAAGAAAGGUGAACCAGACGAAGAAGCGGCCAUGUCCGGCAACUCGCACAUGGGCAACAUCACUGCCAACACCCACCUGGAGCCCGCACGGGCGGACUCCAUUGUCCCAGCGAGCGCGACCCACGAGGAAGCAAACCCCCGCAAGGAGAAGUCCGUGCUGCAGGCCAAGCUCACCAAGCUGGCCAUUCAAAUUGGCUACGUUGGAUCGACGAUAGCGGUGCUGACGGUGAUCAUCCUGGUGGUGCGCCACCUCAUCGAGGUGUUUGUGGUGGAGGCCCGACCCUGGAGGAGCAGCGACACGCAGCACAUCGUCAACUGCUUCAUCAUCGGCGUCACCGUCCUCGUGGUGGCCGUCCCCGAAGGUCUUCCACUGGCUGUCACCCUCUCCCUCGCCUAUUCUGUCAAGAAAAUGAUGAAAGAUAACAAUUUAGUACGUCACCUAGAUGCCUGCGAGACGAUGGGUAAUGCUACAGCAAUCUGUUCGGACAAGACGGGGACGCUUACUACCAACCGAAUGACUGUUGUCCAAAGCUACAUCUGCGGCGUCCAGCACAAGUCAACCCCACGAUAUGAAAGCCUGCCAUCGGCCGUGGCCGAGAAAAUCAUUCAUGGGAUAGCGGUGAACAGUGCCUAUACAUCCAGAGUCCUGCCAUCGGAGGAUGGAGGCCAGCCCAAACAGGUAGGCAACAAGACAGAGUGUGCCCUGCUGGGCUUCGUGCUGGACCUGGGCAAGGACUACCAGAGCGUGAGGGACGAUGUGCCCGAAGAGAUGCUCCACAAGGUGUACACCUUCAACUCUGUCCGCAAGUCCAUGAGCACAGUUGUCGCCCUCGACGGAGGACGAGGCUUCCGCGUCUACACCAAGGGGGCCUCCGAGAUUGUCCUCAAGAAGUGCAAGUACCUCUACGGCAACGGGGGCCAGCUGGAGAGCUUUGGGUCGGACGAGCAAGACCGCCUGGUGCGCACUGUGAUCGAGCCGAUGGCGUCCAAUGGCCUGCGAACCAUCUGCGUGGCCUACAAGGACUAUGUGCUCUCGGGCACGGCCAAGAGCAACGAUGUGCAGCUGCAGGAGGAGCCGGACUGGGAGGACGAGGACAACAUCAUCCGGGACCUCACCUGCCUUUGCGUCGUGGGCAUUGAGGACCCCGUCCGAGCAGAGGUGCCGGAGGCUAUCCGCAAAUGCCAGCGGGCGGGCAUUACGGUGCGCAUGGUGACGGGCGACAAUGUCAACACGGCCCGGUCGAUUGCGCUCAAGUGUGGCAUCAUCAAGCCUGGCGACGACUUCCUCGUGCUCGAGGGGAAGGAGCUCAACCGUCGGAUACGAGACUCGAGCGGAGAGAUCCAGCAGGCGCUGCUGGACAAGGUGUGGCCCCGGCUGCGGGUGCUGGCCCGCUCGUCCCCGCAGGACAAGUACAACCUGGUGAAGGGCAUCAUUGAGAGCAAGCUGCACGACAACCGGGAGGUGGUGGCCGUCACGGGAGAUGGCACCAACGACGGGCCCGCCCUCAAGAAGGCAGACGUCGGCUUUGCCAUGGGCAUAGCCGGCACGGACGUGGCCAAGGAGGCCUCAGACAUCAUCCUGACCGACGACAACUUCACCAGCAUCGUGAAGGCGGUGAUGUGGGGACGCAACGUCUACGACAGCAUUGCCAAGUUUCUCCAGUUCCAACUGACGGUGAACACCGUUGCCGUCAUUGUGGCCUUCACCGGUGCCUGCGCAAUCAGAGACAGUCCCCUGAAGGCGGUACAGAUGCUGUGGGUGAACCUGAUCAUGGACACCCUGGCCUCCCUUGCACUGGCCACAGAGAUGCCCACCACGAGCCUGCUGGUGCGCAAGCCCUACGGCCGCACCAAGCCCCUCAUCUCCCGCACCAUGAUGAAGAACAUUCUGGGCCACGCCAUCUACCAGCUCACCGUCAUUUUCGUGCUCCUCUUCCUGGGCCCAGAGAUCUUUGACAUCGACCCAGGCAUGGGGGUGCGCCUUUCUGAGCACUUCACCAUCAUCUUCAACACGUUUGUCAUGAUGACCCUGUUCAACGAGGUGAACGCCCGCAAGAUCCACGGGGAACGCAAUAUUUUCGAGGGCCUCCUAACCAAUCCCAUUUUCUAUAGCAUUCUGAUCAUCACUGCAGUUGCUCAGGUGAUAAUAGUGCAGUACGGUAGCAUGUUUUUCCAAACGAAGGCCCUGUCCCUGGACCAGUGGCUGUGGUGUGUGUUCUUUGGCUGUGGCACCCUGGUCUGGGGACAGUUUGUCACGACCAUGCCCACCAAGCGCAUCCCCAAGACCUUCACGUGGGGCUCGGGCCCCCCCGACGAGAUGAAUGCCACGGCGUCCCUCGUGGAGGACGGCAGCAGCGGCUCCCUCUCCCAGGACGUCAAGCGCACGGGACAGAUCCUCUGGAUACGGGGUCUCACCAGGCUGCAGACCCAGGUGAUUGGCGGAGAGUUGCAGGAUCGAUUGAUUCCAGUUCCCUACAGCAAGAGUUCAACAGAUCAAGCUAUCCGAGUAGUCAAUGCUUUCCGCAGUAACUUAGACGCACGCAAUAAUCCUGCCUACCAGACCGCGCUCCUGCGGAAGGCCUCUGCGGCUUCUCCCAGCGGCACGGGGGGCUUUGCCAGGCCCCAGCUGCACUCGCAGCCGAGCCAGCCGCAGUCUUCGGGCUCCGGAUUUGCGUCCCCCAAGGAAGAGACUGCGCCAAGCACUGCCUCUGUCGCCGCGGCGGUCCCGGAGCCCCGGGCCCAGUCACCCCAAUCGCCACAGCAGCCCCAGCCUCCUCAGCAGCUGCAGUCACCCCAGCAGCCAGCGGCACCUCCCCUCAAGGAAGGCGAUGCAACAUCCAAUCACAGUGUGGAAACAGCUGUGUGAGUGUGAUUUGCGCUCUGAAGGACGCACUGCCGCUCACGUGCUUCUCUCUCGUCUCUUUUUUUGUGCGUCCGUCUGUCCUCCCCCUGCCCUACCCAUCGCUCGGGCAUCUGGCAGCACUCCUUAGGUCUCGAGUUUGACUGACGCAAAGGGUUACUGUAAAAAAUAUGCGAAGAAAAAAAAAAAAGAAACAAAAAAAAAGCGAGGUGUUAGGAACGCAUUUGGUCAUCCCCGUCUACUACUACUACAACCAGCACGCACCAGUCUCACACACCACACUCUUAGGAAAAGUUUUUUCUAGCUCAAAGUCAAGGCAGCACGACACGGUUUCUCGGCCUCCCCCUAACCUCGACCCAAACUGCCAACGCGCUUGUCGACCGAACUGCCGUCUCUGGGACAGAGCAUCUGCGAACACGGUCCCACUGUGUGCAGAAAAGUGGCCCACAAGACAGCCUUCAUCGGUCCGCAAAACCCCGUAGAACUCGGGGCAUUCCGGAAGCGGUACCGAGCGUGGACGCAACGGACACGUGGGCUAUGGCAGUUGGCGGCGAAAGAUAUCUGUGCUCCCGCUCUGUCCUCUUCUGCCCUUCAUCUCGUGCUUGCUUUGCAUCCUUCCAUUGGGUCCUUGGUUUUGUGUCUGCAUUUUUUACGAGAACACUGCUCGAAGGACGUACCGAGUAGACGCCUCGGUCCUCCUUGGAGAAACGAAUGCAGGGGACGCAUGCUCUGUCGGUGGCGAGCGGAGCCAUCGUGGUGAUUGAUUGUGUUACCACGCCUCUGUUAAGUUUGUGCAUAUUUUAAUGUUGGGGGAGGGGGAGGGGAGGUCUUGUGUGUCCACGCUUUGUGCACCGGAAAACGACUCCUCCCAUUUCUUUGUUCGUGAACUGCUUUUGGUUUCCUUUUGGUCUUUCAGUUCCUUGUGUAGAAAUCAAAUGGCGGUGGAAGCUUGUUGCACCACAGGAUUGUUAGUUACAUGCAGAGUUUGUCGGAUUGUAUGUUAGCCAUAUACAAAUAUAAAUAUAUACAUAUAUAUAUAUAUAUAUAUGAUGAGCAUUUAUUUUAGCAUUACUCGCAGGACAUGGGAAAAAGCAAUCUAAAUAAUUAAAAUAAAUAGUAGGCAAUGUUUUUUCGGUAUUGAGGAGUUCUUUCGGUGGAGCUGGUGGUAGCAGAAAUAGCAGGUACAUGUCGCGUGCAAAUGGCUCAAGUUCUUGACUCUUCAAAGAAGUAACAUUUCUGUUUGCCCUGUUGAGCUAGUUUUGGUAUGUUGGAUGCUGCAACGGUUGCUUCCUUUCCUCACCGAGAGGCUCUGCUCUUCUCACUAACACCACCAUCUCUGCCCAAGUCCACCCGCCACUGGUCCCCCCCUCGCAGUGUUUGUGUGCACGGACCGCCUCUCCCCAGGACCCCCGAGGCUGUACCAUAGACGACGCGUACAAAAUAAGGAAGGUUACUGUGUCUCCCAGGUGUGACUCCCCGGUCCUUCAACCUCGUAGUCACAGGUCCCCCCUCCCACUUUCAAACUUGUGAGAUUCCAUUUUUUCUUGAUGUUUCGAAGAAUUAUUGCAGUGUGCAAGGUGUUGCUGAAAAAGACAAAAAACUGUGUGCUACAUGAACAUACCAGCUUCCUUUCCUUCUCCUCCUUGCAUAUAUCUAUAAACAAUAUUAUAUAUAUAUAUAUAUAAAUUAUACAUGAUAUAAAUAUAUACAGAGCUACACAUGCCUAACCUUCCUCUCCUUAUCCAGUUUCCAUAAAAAAAAAAAAAAGAAGCGGUUUCCUUUUAUCGCUUUCAGACUCGUUGUUAUACAUAAAAACGAUGCGAUUGGAUGGCAAUGCUGAUGCCAGCUCUGCACUUGUACAACGAACAUGUCAGGAUCUUUUUCGAAGGAAGAGACUGAGUGAAGUUUUUUAUGUUGGCUUUGUCCCCUCCUAAGUUUUUUUUUUUUUUUUUUUUUUUUUUUGUCUUUUGUGCAUUUUGUCAUGAAGGGUGUUUACGGCAGGAAGUCUGGGGGGAAAGACGCGGUGUGCUACAAGUCUCGGGAAACUGAGCCAGGGACGACGAAGGAACCUUCAAAGUUUUCCGCAUGUGGUGCCUGACACGACGACUCAAAGGGUCUUUUUCUUUCUUCUAUUAAUUCACUUUCCGCAAACAAUAGAGAACAGAUAAAAGGGGUAAAACGAAAUCCGGAGAGUUACAAGCACUGGACAGUGUGUGCCUUUUGUUGUGCAGGCGGACUGUAUCGGAGCAGAAAUAGUGUAUGCGCAGCCUGCUGUCUAGAACUGGAAAAAAAAAAAGAGAAAAAAAAAAAGAUUAUGCAAGUCACCGGCUUCUUGGGAGGAGAGGACAAGAACUGAAGGUCAAGAGAUGCUGUUGCUGCAUAGUGGACUCGUUGCUUCUUUCAUCAUUUUUCUUUUCCCUUCUUAAGGCUCAUUUUUGACUUGUUUUAACUGCUGUUUGGUGAUUUUAGUUGGUUUUUAUGUGCCUGUACAUAUAUAUACAUGAUGUAUACAAUGAUAGAGACAAGCAUACAAACAUCCAAACGAGUGCCUGCAUGUGUGGUCAGCUUUGAGUGGCCUCUGAUGGAUUGGUUGCCUGUCCACUGGAAAGAAGAGGUUCCGUUAAGAAAAGUCUUUUCCUAGCUAUUCUUUUUUCUCCCUUGGACUGCUGUAGCACACUUGGUGAUAUGUGUUCACCUGAAAAAAAAAAAAUGUUGCUUUGCUUUCGAUUCCAAAUCAUCGCAAAUGGCAUCCUUGCCAACGAAUGUAGCGGCAGAGUUGACCACACAAGUUAGCUUCAACCAGGUCGCUUGUCCAGAAGGAAAACCCGGCAGUGGCAGGAGUGAAACUAGGAAGGGCAGACGACAAUGACAUUGGAGAAACACAUCAAAUCAGCUGCAGUACUCGGCGGAAGCAGAUUGCUAAGGCGUUGUGGAGGGGGAAACUCUGGGCGAAGCCUAGGUGCAGACUACCUCAUUGGAAUUCGGCACUCAAACUUGGUUCUGCUUCCUUCGGUUUCUAUCCCCCCACCCCUUUGCUUGUUUCCUGCCUUGCUUCGUCUAAGCAUCAGCGAUGGUUUGCUUGGUUAAGUUUUUGUAAUUUAUUUGUAUCACGACACACUUUGUAGCACCAGUUACCGGCAUGACACACAGGACACAAACACAGUUAGCGUGAGCGUGGUUACGGGCGCGGGAGGGUUCAAAGCCUCCGACGACACCCUGGGCAACUAAAGGAGGUUUUAGUUGCGGAUAACUGUGAGACGACGCUUCUCUGAUUAUUGCUGAAUCAUGUUGCAUUGCAGGAACUAGCAUAGUUAUUACCAAUUGCUGUUACUGUUAUUAUACAUGUUUAGUUCUUGUUUGACUAUCCAUGAUCUCAUUUCCAAGAGCAAGCUCUGCUAGUUGCAUGCAACGGGCAGAAUGAGUGGGGGAAAAAACGGAUUUCUUUGGACAUGUAACUUACCUUAGAGGCUUGUUUCACUUCUGCCGACAGAUUUGCGACAAUUUAAAAUAUCACUAAAGCUAUCUCUAGCAACUGUAGGCAUCUUGUAUGGUAAGGAUACCAUUCUAGGGCCCAUUUGAACUUUUUAAAUGCUACACACAAUUGUGGUGUUAGAGGUUAGAUGUAUUUUGCCUUUAAGUGUCUGACGUCCAUCGUGGUCAACUUUGAAAAAAAAAAAAAAUGUCUGGGUGAUUUCUUUUUCUUCAAGGUAGAGCUCACCCCUGUAAUCAUCUGCAAAGCAAACUCUUGUGUUUCUCUUAAUUUAAAAGGGCCUUGCUUGAUCAUACAUUGCUGUGGUUUUAAUCGCAACACAAGCUUGGGCAUGAAGAGAAACCUCAAAAUUGCGAGAGCGUGUUUUGGCAUGCCUAGUUUCCAACAUUGUUUUUCGGAUUAUCUCUUUUGUAACCGAAUCAGAAGUGAAUGUUCUAGAAUAAAACAAAAGUUGAACCAAGUAAAACACUAGAGCCUGUGUGUUAUUCCUAAAGCAUGUCUGCUCUUGUUUUCUAAAGGGUAAUUUAUGCAACCAUGUAUCGGGCAUCUGUCGCGUGAAGUGCUUUGCAUUUGAACCAUUGUGCAUCACUCAAGGGAACGACUGUUCGAUUUCCACUGUAAAUGAUUCAUCAACUUCAUCUUCUGUUGCGAAAUAAAGUUACCCAGCUCUUCA